AUGGAUAAGUAUGAAUCGGUGAAGAACCUCAAAAUUAUUUCCGCCAGUAUUGACGAACACAAGACAUGCGCAGGCAGGCGUAUGGACCACGGAAGUGGUACGAAGGAAGCAAUUAAGAAAAAAAACAUGAAAAACAAAUAUUUGCAGUUAUUAAAGCAUACGAUGAAUACACGUAACUGUGGUGAGGGGAUCUGCUGCAAUCGGAAUUGUCGCCACUUGGACCACUCGUCCUCGAAGGAGGAUGAGGAAUUGAAUCGAAUCCCCUGCAAUGACUGCGUGAAUAAUUCAUCUAUGAGAUUAAAACACGUGGAGACCUGUGAUAGAGUUGGUAAAUUAGACGAGACAAGAACUAGUGCAGAGUUCCUAAGAUAUUGUAAUGACCCAGUUGAGGAUACGAAUCCGUCGACUGGGCUUUUUAUUGCCAACAAGAAAGUAUGCGGCCAAGAUAAUGCCCCCCCAGGUGGAAACACAAAAGGGAAGGAAAAAACCAACCUGAUUAGCUUCUACAAGUACAACAAUUUGAUAAAUAAGAAUGAGCGACCAGGGAGCGUGGACGCUACUUCUGCCGCAGGUCUGAUUGGGCUACCAGCAGAUGAAGAGCAGUACACAGUUAAGUGCAGCUUGAAUUCCCUAAUCUGGAAAAGGCUGCUAAAGAAAGGAUGCAGGUCGUCACAGGAAAACAGCAGCGCUUCGUCCACUAGCAAAAUAUGCCAAGUUGCCUCGAGUGAAGAUGCAGAAUCGUGUAAAUUGUAUAAGGAGGAGGUGCCAGGAAAGAGCAGUAACUACGCCGUUAAAAAUGGCGCAAGAGGAGGGAAAGGAGGCGGAGCUAAUGGGGGAGGAGCCAAAGCGGGUCAGUCGCGCAUCGCCGACGUGGCGAGGAGAGACCCUCCUGCGGAGAGUGCCCUCAUAAAUUGUUUCCUGAAAGAGCGUCUUGGCAAUAGAGUCGUGAGUAGCCGCUUGGGCAGCGGCAGGGGCAGAAGCCAGGGGGGCGACUCGAAUGGGAGCCAGGCAGGAGGCACGGAUGGAAGUCUAUCAGGUCGAACGAAUGGAAGUCUAGCAGGUCAACCGAAUGGAAGUCUAGCAGGUCAACCGAAUGGAAGUCUAGCAGGUCAACCGAAUGGAAGUCUAGCAGGUCAACCGAAUGGAAGUCUAGCCGGUCAACCGAAUGGAAGUCUAGCCGGUCAACCGAAUGGAAGCCAAACAUAUGGCAUGAAGAGCCAUCGCGACGGGGGCGCCACUACGCGAAGCAGAAAAGGGAAAGAAUCUUCGGAGGAAACAUCCCCCAGUUAUUGCCUCGGACAAGCAGCAGACACUAAUGUUGACCCCCCGCAGGUGGAUAGGAACCUCGGCAAGCUGUUCAAAUAUUCCAUUAAAAAUUCCAGUAACGGAUCGUUCAAUUCAGAUGGCAGUGCAGUCCCCUGGAGUGAUGAUGGACUUCCACGAACGAUCGGAAAGGUGAAGAAUGUCCCAACUGCAGAUUCUGUGUGCGUAACAAGGACACACGUGUAGAUGCUACGUGGAAAUAUGAACGAGUCGAAAAAGGCCCACAGCGACUCGAUGCUUCCCUCCUGCAAAAAAUUGACGACGAGCGAAUUCCGCAGUAGGGGGAAAAACGCCAGUGCAGGUAAUGUCGCUCAGUGUAUAAGGCGAAGUGAGGAGAUGGUGAAGUCACGAGGGAGGGCGAAGAGUAGAGGCCCAGCAGGGGAGGGUGAACCAUUGGGGCGAUCAUAUAACGAUGCGAGCUACUUCUACAAAUGGAGUCACAAAAAAGGGGGAGAACAAGGAAGGGAAAAAAAUAAAAAACUUGGGACGGUUAGCUUUUACAACAAAUUGAAGUUAAUGAGAAUUACAAAGAAGAAAUCCAUUUUCUGCUACAGUGAGUUUGUGGAUCCGUCCACCCCAUCCGACAGGGAAUCGAAGGAGGGAGUUCCAAGUGAUUGGCACAGGAAUGUGUCUCGUAAUGGUGACGGUGAAGUGGUAGUAGAUUCCUCACUUGAUAACAUCCCUAGUGGUGGAGUAAACCGAGGAAGGACCAUCCAACUGCAAGCAAAGGCAAAGACGUGUCUCUCGUUGGCAUGCCGCAAAACAAACCAGGGUUCAUCAUCUGUCCCUAUUUUAGAAAAUGACGAUUUUAAUUUUUCCAUCUUAAAAAAGUAUAGAAGUUUAGACAAGGUGUUAACAUGCGUUGGGGCUAACUCUGGUUCAGGUGCGCGCUGUAGGUCGAGGUGCAGUAGGGGAAGGGGCAAGAGGUGCCUCUGCAGGGGGGGGGAGAUUACCACCAAGGUUGUGGGGUCAAGCGGGGAAAAAGGAUUUGUGAGGAAGGUGGAGAGGAGACAGUUGGAAGAGGAGGGGAAGAAGGGGAAGGAGAAGAAGGAGAAGAAUAAGAAGAAGGAGAAUAAGAAGAAGGAGAGGAAUAAGCAGGAGACUAAGAAGAAGGUGAAGAAGAAUAAGGAGAAGGAGAAAAACGAAGCGGAGAGCACAUGCGGCAGAGUUUCCUCUCCUAUCAUGGGUGUGGGGUAAAUGGCGAAUAGGAAGUGCAGGGAGCGUAGGAGUGGCUUGAGGCACAACGCGACGAGGGAUUCUGUCGAGGGGAGGGAGAAAAACGAAGCGGGAAAGGAGGAUCAAGGACCAUUCUUCUCUCUAUUCGAAGAUGAGGAAGACGAAGGGAUCAACCAAACUAGAGGGAACAAGAAAAAAAAACUGGGCUCCAAAAACGGGGAGGAGACAAGUCUGGAAAGGCGUCAAAAAAGUUGCUUAUCAUCCCAUGACAGUUCAGAGGAUAAAAAUUGCGUUCAAGGGAGAGCAAUCGAGUACGUGAUAAGUGUGUACCAGAGUGAAGAGGUCGAGGAGGAUGACUGCGAAAAGGGGAAGCCAAUCCGAAUGAAGGAAGGAAGCAAUAAAGACGGAAGAGCCAAGCCCCACGAGGAGGGUGUUCCCAAUUGGACGAUGACCCCAUGUGAAUUGAGUUCCUCCAUGUGCAUGCAUCCCAAGUGUACGUACUACAAUAAGAUCUACUGUAUCGUGGGGCUGAUAUACUGUGGAGAAAAAUCCCAAGUGUAUAAAUGCAUGAACGUACUUAACAAGAAGACCUAUGCAAUGAAGGUGAUUGUGAGAGAAGAGAGGGAUGAUCAUCACAUGAAUAAGUUCAUGCAGAAGUAUUUAUUUUUAAAACAAAAUCGACACAGGAAUGUAAUUCCUAUAUAUGACGUUUUUGAUAAAGACAAUUACUACUUCAUCGUAAUGGAGUAUUGUGAAGGGUGUACUUUACUGGACUAUUUCAUGUCCCUCGUUCCUGGCUCGCUGGAGAUUCACGAGAUUAAAUAUAUCAUGAAGAAUCUUCUGCUAGGGUUGGACUUCCUGCACUCGAACAACAUCAUCCAUAGGGACAUAAAGCUGGAGAAUAUUAUGUUUAAGAGGAAGCGGAAGAGGGACUACGAGUGUGAGGAGUUUGGCUCGUGCGCACUGCGAGGUGUGCAGAGGAGCGGCACGGGCGUUGGAAGUGCAGAUGGUAGAUACAAGUCAGGAAGAAAAGGACAGAAAAAUAUUUCCCUAUUGAGGUUUCAAAAGAACGAAGGAACUAGAUGCUCAACGUUUAGGGAGCUUACAAAAAAUUAUAUUACAAAGAAGAGGAGAAAAAAGGAGAGAAACAACUCCUACAGCGAUCUCUGCUUAAUCGACAUGGACAUGAUGGAGAGAGUCAUGUCAAGUAAGUUUAGUCCUAACAGAAGAUCCGAAGUCAUAUGUGGAACGGCCCCCUACAUGUCUCCUGAAUCUUUAGAUGGGAUCAUAUCCACAGCUAACGACGUAUGGGCUUGUGGUGUCAUUUUGUAUGCUCUCAUGGAUGGUCGUUUCCCAUUUCAGAUAAGUAAUGAUAUGCCUGUUCCUCUGAAGAAGAAGAUUUUAAUUCAUACUAAGCUCAACUUCGACCCGUUCAUUUGGCACGACCACCCCGAUGUGCUCGACUUGUGCCUGAAGCUGUUGGACCCCAACCCCUUCACGCGUAUACAGAACGCGCGGGAGGCGCUCAUUCAUUACUGCUUCGCCGACAUGGUGUAG